AUGACAAAGCCAUGUAAAAUACAUAGUUAUAGUGAUGGAGAUGUUAUAUUAACAGUCGAGGAUACAUCAUUUCAGUUACAUAUAAGUAUUUUAUCACUUGCAUCAAAAGUUUUCGAAAAAAUGUUUUUAUCAAAAUCAUUUCAAGAUUUUUUGUCAUUUAUUUACCCUACAAAUAAUCUAAGAAUUUCAUGGGGUUUUGAAUUUUUAGAACGAGAAUUUUACUUUAAACCUUUAUACUCACUACUGUUGGCUGACAGAUAUAAUAUUCCAAUAGUGUACAAGGAAUCAUCUAAACUCGUGCUUGACAAUUUCACGACAUUUAGAUUAGACAACUUGUAUAAAGAUUUGUCAGUGGCAGCAUGUAACUCAUUGAUUAAACGAUAUGGUGGCUAUGUAAUUUCAUUAAUGAUAAUAAAUAAGAUAGAUUUUAUAUCAAAUUUUUCACAUACUUGUAAUAAUGAAAAUGACCAUGUUAUAAUAUUAACAGAUUUGUUAAAAACACGAAUUAAUGACGUGUUUACACUUCCGCCACUUCCACCAUCUAAAUUUUAUAGAGUAUUUAGUCAGAAAAUUAAUAUGUAUGCUUUUUUUAGUCAAGGGCUGAUAUGCGAGUGUUCGUUUAAUGAGCAUUUUAUGGGGUUAAUCAAAGAAUAUUUUGGUGAAUUUGAACCUUUAGAUAUCGAGGGAGAUAAAAAUAAGAUAUUAUUAAAGUAUCAACAGAGUGACGCUUCUACUUCUCAAGAGUAG